CGAGUCCGUUUCGCCACCUCCCGCAGCAACCACAUGUUUCGGAACUAUGAACUAUCGGUCGCGCGAGGGGGGAAAGCCGCGGCCUUCUCCCUCCGCCUCCUCGGCGCGUUCGCCGAUGCCUGUUCUCGUCGCGACUGCAGACUUGUCUUGUCCGUUUUCCUAGAGACUAGUCCCGGGGGGAAAAAGAACGGAAUUGGUUGACGGCCAGGAGGAAACGAACCAAGAAGAAGCAGUAGUAGAUGCGGGAAGGACGCAAGAGAGAGACGCGUGCGGUGGUCGGUGAUACGUGCCCGUGGUCGCAGCAGUAGUAUUUGUUAGUUGGUCAUCGUCUCUCGGUUUAAGGACAAGGUUGGCAACACAACAGUACGUGUACGUCUUUCUUCUGCAAAAAAAAAAACGGACGGAAUAUGUGAGACACGAGUCCUGGUGUUGUGCGCGAAUUUCGAAAAUUCUCUUCGGAUGAGAAUGCGCGCGCUCGCGCCUACAAUUUUCCGGAAAAUGUGCGUCCCGGAAAACGUGCUUUCCGACAACGGAGACCUGUUGUGCAUCAUCAUCAUCAUCGCCAGCUGAAAACCACACACAUCCCACUUGCACUGUAAACUUAUGGAUUUACAUCAAACAACGACUACUCCUCACUUCAAUCACAUAAUUUAACAUUCGCCCGACGACGACGGCUGUGUUUAUUCGAGAUCAAGGGAAUCCCGCGUUAGUCGGCAAGGUUACCGCGACUUCGGGUCCCCAAAACAAAAACAAAUAUUUUGUCAAGCGCGAGAGCGAGAAAGGAAUAGAGAGUAGUACACGUGUUUGGCAUACGUCCAGGAAAAGAUAGAAAUAACCACCCACCGGGGAGAAGGAAAGAGUGAAGAACUGUAUAGCAGAUAUCGAGAGGUAGAGAAGGAACGCGUCAGGAGUGGGUGCGGAUUUACCUCGAGAUUUCGAAAGAGCAAGAGAGAGAUAGAAAGUUAAAAAAAGUGUGUGUGAUUGUGUGUGUGCGAGCUCCUGUUUUUAUCCCGACGUUCCGGAAAAACCGGGUGAAUGCGCGUGUGCUUAGAUACUCUUUGCUUCUCGUCGUGGCUAAGCCGUAACGACGAGGAAGCGGCGACAGCUGGGCUGGACGUGACCAGACCCAACAUCAUCACCGACCACAGUAACAGUGACAGCGGCGGCGGCGGUAACAGCAGCAACAAUAACAACAACAAUCAUCGGAUCAUCGUUGGAGACAGCAGUAAUCAGCAGCAGGAGAACGCGCGGCCUAAGACGGAGGUGGCGACGACCGUCACGAUGGAGGAGGAGUGCGACGUGCACUCGCUCCACCAGCAGCUGCGGAUCAAAGACGAGAAGAUCCGCGAGCUCGAGGACAUGCUGCGCAUCAAGGACGACGAGAUCAGCAACCUGCGAUCGCACCUGGACAAAUUCCAGAGCGUCUUCCCGCUGUACAUGCUCGCGGCUGGCAGCUCCAAGCACCUAGGGCUCAACAACAACGUGGGCGGGAUGCGACCACGCAAGCAGAGGGCCGGCAUCUCCGCCGAGCCGCAGAGCGAUCAAACGCUGCACGACCUCUCGCAGCUACCCACCUACGAUAAGGAAGAAACAUCGAGGGAUCUCAUUCGCGAUGCCAUCAUGGACAACGACUUCAUGAAGUAUUUGGACAUCACGCAGAUCCGCGAGAUCGUCGAUUGCAUGUAUCCCGAACUCCACAAGGCAGGCAGCCUCAUCAUCAAGGAGGGCGAUGUUGGUAGCAUCGUUUACGUCCUCGAAGGUUAGUGCAAAACUUCACGUUAC